UGCACGGUCCCGUCCGAUCGGUCUUUUGAAUAGGCUGCCAAGCGACCCUCUGACUGCUUCAACAGCGUAGAUACCACUGGCUGCAUCCUGCUCUUUUUCUCUUGCUUUUGGAUAUACUGCCGUGGUAGUCUAUCAUUGUCUUGCCUUGUUUUUGUGGGGUUUUGCCUGAUUAUAUACGUUGCUGAGUCUCUGAGAUUGAAAUGACUACAAAAUAUCGCGUUGAGUACGCUCUCAAAUCUCAUCGCAGAGAUGCGCUGAUUGAAUGGAUCAAAGGUCUUCUAGCUGUCCCGUUCGUUCUCCACUCCGAGCCCGCCGCCUACAUCAAAGAAGUCGGAUCCUGGGAAGACGCAGCGAACGCGGCUCGUCGGCAAUACGCCGCGAUCCUGGCCGACGUCGAGGACAUGAUCGAGGACCAGAUCAUGAACGACACAAAGGGCACGCCGCAUAUGGCUAAGAUCCGGCAUCUGGUGCCGAGCGUGGGCACGUUUUUCACGCAUUUGCCGCUCGAGGAGGCGUUUUAUGUGCAGGAUGCGAAGCGGUCGAUUUCGCAGCGGAGACUGGUGAGUCCAAGUUUCAAUGACGUGCGGUUGAUUCUCAAUUCUGCUCAGUUGAUGAGCAUAGCGUCUGACAGUCAACCGCUAAAACUAGUGACUCUAGAUGGUGAUGUCACGCUCUACGAAGACGGCAAAUCCCUGACCGCCGACAGCAAAGUCGUCCCUGUCCUGCUCGAGCUGCUCAAGCGCGACGUCGCCGUCGGCAUCGUCACCGCCGCGGGCUACUCCGACACCUCAGGCACGCGGUACAAAGAGCGUCUGGAGGGCAUCAUUCUCGCGGUCCGGGACUCGGAGAUCCUGACGGACGAGCAGAAGCGGCGGUUGCUGGUCAUGGGCGGCGAGUCGAAUUUCUUGUUUAGGUACUCGGUCACCGAGCAGACGCUUGUGUACGUCGAUCAGGAGGAGUGGAUCUUGCCGGAGAUGAAGCAGUGGGACGAAGCAGAUAUCCAGAAUUUGCUGGAUCUGGCGGAGGAGGUGCUUACCUCCUGUAGAAAGGUUAUGAAUCUCAGCGGGCAGGUUGUCCGUAAGGAGAGAGCGGUUGGAAUCGUGCCUCUACCCGAAAAAGGCAUGAUCAGAGAAGACCUCGAAGAAGUCGUCCUCGGCGCGCAACGCAGACUCGAGUCCUCCGAAAUCGGCCGCAAGAUCCAGUUUUGCGCGUUCAACGGCGGCAGCGAUGUGUGGGUCGACAUUGGCGACAAGCGGCUCGGCGUGAUUUCGCUGCAGCGGUAUCUGGGCGGCAUCCUGGGCUCGCAGACGUUGCACGUCGGCGACCAGUUUGCGUCGAUCGGGGCGAAUGAUUUUAAGGCGCGGUUGGCGGCGUGUACGGCGUGGGUUGCGGAUCCGAGCGAGACUGUGGAGACGUUGCAGGAGCUGUGCGAGUAUAUCGACAGGAGGAAAGAGUGAAAUGAGUUUAGAGAUCAGUUUUGGAAAUAUCAGUUUUGUAAAAAAAGGCACAGUUUGAAGGACGUCAUCGUAUUAAUAUCACAAAAAAGACAAUAGACUAUUCUCCUUCUUUAACCGACGCAAUAAGCUCGCCCAAUAACGCCGCCAGUCCAUCUUUGAUACUCCCAACCGAUAGCGCGCGCACGAGAGGCUCGAGGAUCUCG